AUGCUCAGUAGUCCACAGCAGAAACCUCCUUUAAAGGAAAAGUUUGUAGUGCUUACCGAAUACCUAUUCCAAUCCAAUGAGCCAUACAACACCAACGAUCAAGCUGCCUUUUGGGAUGAAUUCUUGAUGCUCCCCGUCAACACGACCGCUCUUUCAGAAUUGAUUCAGUCAAAGCCCGAGGAAUCGCUGUUGGCCGUCAGCAACAAUAUCACGAGACUCUUUGAAACGUGUUUGACCCGUUUGGUUAUCCAGGCACCAAAUGACAGCAGCAGCAAAAGUGACCAGAUACGGCAACAGCAUGCUAUGCAAAUCCUAGCUUGCCUUAUGCGACAACUCUUCCUCAAGAAACGGCUAAGCCAUUUCAACAUCAUCCAGCUUCUUGCAGGUCUCGACAAGGCCGAUACUGUGUUUGGAGAACUCGUCAAGAAUAUCCACGACCUGCUUGGCAAUCCAUCCACUCGAUCCAAUGCGUUAUUGCUGGCUAUCAAUUUUUCAGCAGGCAACGACAAUGUCAACCAGAACAAUCUCAACACAUAUUUCAUGCAACACGACAUAUCGGAUGCAUUGAUCAAGAUACUUGACGAUGAUCAAAGUACCAUGGAACAAGUACAUGAUACAGUCAUGCUUUGGGGGAUGUUGGCCAACUACAACAAGCGUGAGAUCAAGAAUCCAUAUCUAACACGGCUCACACGUUGCAAAAACGGGCGCGUUCUUGAGAGCUUCGUCCUUUUGUUCACGAAUGUGUUAUUACGGAUGACCGAUCGCUACAUUCAACUCAAGAACGAUAAUGAGACGCUGACACAAUCCAUGGUGAAUUAUAUGGCAAGUUGGUUUUCUGGGCCGGGAUCAAAAUCAACGACUGUGGAUUUGGAUGAUAUCGAAGCAGCAGCCGAUUUACCUCCUUAUGAGUCAUCGCUAUUCUUGGUUCUAUAUGAUCUGAUCACUGCCAACCCUCAUUUUGUCGCCAUCAUGCUACAUCAAUCAGCUCGGGAGGAUAAGACGGGUCCUACGUUUCUCGGGUCAUUCAUAUCAUAUGCCUCAUACCUUUUCCAGCACAAUCGAAAUCCUCGGGCUUUCCUAUAUACGAGAUUGAUGUUGACUAUCUUUUUAUCCAUUGUGGAGAACCAAUCCAUCAUGAAUUACAUGGCCAAAGAACAGAAUGCUGAGUUUGUCAGGAUAUGUCGGCAGCGCCCAACGCCACUACCACUCGUGAAAAAGGAGCGAUCAUUAUUCUGUUCCAUAAUGGAUGUCAUGUUGAUCUUUCUAAAGUACAACAUUCGCAAGAGGCUUGAUAUCAUCACCUACAAGCUUGCAUUUGCAUGUAUCCAUCGUAUUUUGGUAUAUCUCAACAAUCGCAACAUCCAGCUACAAUACCAUUGGGUCGAAGUAUGGCCGAUCGUUACAUCCACAAUACAUUUCAUUGCAACGCAUCUCCAAGAUCUCGAGCUUCGGGACGGCUUUGACAGCUUAGUCACCUCGAUCAUGGAUGUGAUUAACCUAUGCACAGCACAUGGCGAAUCAUUCCUAUCAGAUACCACCAGCUACGACAUGCUGUUUUACGAAAUCAUUCGUGCCAGCAACGAUUUCAAUACGCUUGCAUCCUAUGUGAGUCAAACCACUUUCCACAAGGCACCGGGUGAUCGAUCCUCACCACUCUCACAAUCGGAUUUUGCCAACGUCAAAUUGAUAUGCAAUCACUUCAAGCCUGUGCUGGAUGAAUGGCAAGAAACACAAAAGGCACAUUUCUUGACACCUGAAAAAGUAUUAGGCAUCAUCAAUGAGCAUUAUGAUACGUUGGAUUUGGGACCAGUGGGUAAAGCGGACCAGUAUACGCCAUAUCAUGAGAUACCUGCCGAGAUGGCAUUUUUCCGUCACGUCUUACGCACAGCAACCACCGAUUACAUCGCUCAUAUUACGCAAUGUUCUCCUCCCAUUCGCCCUAUGUCACCACCCAACCCAAGCACCUCACCAUAA